GCAGCAGGGGGCGGGGCGGCUCAGAUGGAUCAGCUGAUGCAGCUCUGAGGUUGUGGUAGACUGGAUCUUAACUCCCGGACCUCAGCAGCCCCUCAGUUCUCCCUGCAGGCUGCACCCGGACUGAGCCGGACCGGACCGGAGGAGAGACCGAAGCCCAGAGCCAAGCUGGGGGAGGACCAGCAGGCGAUGCAGCAGCCGGAGCUGAAGAAGAGCAGCGGACGGACUGUGAAAAGGUAGAAGAACCGGAGGAGGUCUGGACCCGGAGUGGCUCUCUGCCGCCCGGACCAUGUGAGACCCAGACCACGUCCUGAGAGAUGCCGGGCCGGAGGUUCUGGCUGCAGGAGCUGAAGGAGCGGAGGAAGCCCGGACUGUCCCGGAGCGGCGGGGGGCGGCGGGCCACGGGGAGAGGCGGGUCCCGGGGCCAUUGUGCACCGAACGGACCGGUGCUGAGACCCGUCAACGUGAAGGGGAACCGGGCCCGGGGCAUGCGGGCCCCCAAGAACACCAACCAGUUCCUGAUGCACGAGAAGUACCAGAUGAUGCACCUCCGGUCCGACUCGGUAGGGGGCGACAGCUGCAGCUCCGACAGCGACCCAGACCUCACCGACAUGGACUCAUACCUGGGGGUCCUGGAGAAUGCCAGAGGAGCUCUGCUGGACAGUCCGAACCCGCACGGGUCCAGCACCCCAGGACCCUUCCUGGUUCUGCAGGAGGGUCUGGUUCUGGACCAGGAGGGUCUGGUUCUGGACCAGGAGGAGCUGGUUCUGGACCAGGUUCUGCAGGAGGAUAGCCUGCAGUACUUCCCCUCUGAGGACGACCUGCUGCAGAGCCAGAACUUCAUGCAGAAGGACUUUGUGGACUUCUGUGACGUUCUGACGCCCUGAAGGAGACUUUAGGAGACAUUUUGUUCUCAGCAGGUCUGUGGACCAGAACCAGGUCCAGGAGCCUUCAAAGACCACAUUCCCAGAAGGAGGUUCUUUAGCAGAAUCAAACUUUUUCAAGCUUUGUGUUUUUUUGUGUGACAUUUCUGCAUUUUUUAUGAGAUUGUAAAGAACAAUGCUUUAAGGUUUAACUCACAGGAUGUACUGGGCUGUGUGUGUGUGUGUGUGUGUGUGCCCAUGUUUUUGCUAUAUUGUGGGGACCAAAUGUCCCCACAACUGUAGGAAAACCGAAAACUAUGUCACUUGUGGGACCUCAUUUCGGUCCCCACAAGUUUAAACAGUGUUUUCUUGGCCAUGUUGUUGUUACUGAAAAAGUGAAAGUGCAAAAAUGUUUCUUUAGGGUUAGCCAUUGUUUUGGUCUGGGUUAAGGUUAGGUUUAGGGUUAGGGUUGGGUUAGGGUUAGGGUUAGGGGUUAGAUAUGAAUGGGAGUCAAUGGUAAGUCCCCACUAGGAUAGGAGCCCAACUUGUGUGUGUGUGUGUGUUGGGAAACAAAACGACAAUAAAAGUCAGACAAAAAACAACAAAAACAAGAUAAAAUAUGACAAAAAUGAGACAAACGACACGAAACAAAACAAAAAAGAGACAGAAAUUUGACAAAAAGUUGCAAAAUGACAAAAACAAGAGAGAAAACUACACAAAUGAGACCUAAAGCAAGAAACAAAACCACAAACAAGUAGAGUAACAUCACAAGCAGGACAAAAAAACAACAACAAAGUGACACAAAUGACAAAACAACAAUGACUGAAGCACAACACAAAAAGACAAAAAUAAGACAAAAAGCACAAGCGGGACAAAAAGGACACACAAAACAAUAAAAAAGAGAAAACGACAAAAACAAGAGAGGAAAGACAAAAUCAGACAAAAAAACCACAAAAACAAGACAAAGCGUUUCAAAAAUGAGACACAAAAUGACAAAACUGAGACAAACGACAUGAAACAAAGCAAAACAUUAGACAAAAAAGUUACAAAAUGACAAAAAUGACACAAAAACUACACAAGACCAUGCUGUGUGUGUGUUGUGUGUGUGUGUGUGUGUGUGUGUGUGUGUGUGUGUGUGUGUGUGUGUUGUGUGUGUGUGUCUGGUUGUGUGUCUGCUGUUGUUGCUCACACAAAGAGAAAAGGGCUGGAUGUGGGAGUGAGCCCCAGCAGCCAAUCAGCAGCCAGCAGGGCGGGUCAGGCUGCAGCUGAUUGGCUGCUGCUGCCUGUGAUGAAUAAAAGGAAUAAAGAAGGAA